AGAGAGAGAGAGAGAGAGAGGAAGAAGACGAAGAAGAGAGAGAGAGAGAGAGAGAGACGUAGGCGAUGGGGUCGGUGCUCCUCCCGACGCUCACGCGGAAGCGCGAGGUCGAUACCCUAAUCCGCGACACCCUCGACAAGGUCCUCGUCCUCCGAUUCGGCCGAUCCGACGAUCCCAAUUGCCUCCACCUCGACGACAUCCUAUCCAAGUCAUCCCGAGAAAUUUCGAAUUUUGCGACGGUAGCUUUAGUUGAUAUAGAUGCUGAGGAGAUUCAAGUUUAUGUGAACUACUUUGACAUCACAUACUUACCGUCAACUGUUUUCUUCUUCAAUGCUCAUCACAUGAAAAUGGACUCAGGGACUGCUGAUCAUACAAAAUGGAUAGGCUCUUUUCACAGGAAACAAGACUUUAUUGAUGUAGUGGAGGCGAUAUAUCGAGGGGCAAUGAAAGGAAAACUGAUUGUUAGCUGUCCACUUCCGCCAGAGAGGAUACCAAGAUUCCAGCUUCUCUUCAAGGAUGUGUAAUUAUCCAACUAUCCAAGUAUUCGGCCUUUCACUGUUUUAAAAGGUACCGACUGGGUUAGUACGAAUCCGAUUUUAAAAAGGUCCAGUGUUGGAGCCUGUCCGGGUCGGGUCCUUUGGAUGCUAUUCUGACUCUAUUACGGCAUCGACUCAUGGUGGUUUUAACGCAUAAUGGUAUAGAGCUUGCAUGAACUAUUGUGCAUUUAUAGGUCGGUAGAUAAAGUUCAGACUAAAGUUGUAAUGCAUAUAAUCAAUCACCUAUAUAUUUAGAGCUCAUUUAUUUAUAGUAUUAUUCCCAGUAGCUUCCUAUGUAUGUAUCUAUACUAAAGGGUCAAUGACACAUGAAGCAAGUUACACGGAAGCAACUAAAGGUGUGGAACUGCUAAACGCCAAGAGGUUGGAGAUGGGACAUGAUACUACUAGGUUACCCCGAGUAAGAGAGCCUUCGUCUUCAACACUUUAAAGCACUUGUCCCGAAUCAUCUCGGGGGUGCGGGACAUGACGGGAUAAAGUGGCGGUUAUCUAAUCCCAAAUUUUUUCUGUUCGCUCGAUGUGCAAAUUCUUGAUCGACGACGAGGGUAUUAGGGAUUGUGUUGUUCCACAUAUUGGAAAACUAAAAAUUCUUAUUAAAAUAAAGAUUUUUGUUUGGUUACUCCUAA